AUCAAAUUUAAACGGAGCAAACCAAAUUAUUUGUGAUUAGAUCGAUCAUAUUAUACCUCACUAUUCAAGGAAUCAAUUCCAUCCCAGAAGAUGCUAUUUUGAUAUAGAACAGAACUGCUUGUUAAAACUCUACGCUAUUAAACUGUCGUGAAGGGCUGAUACAGGGAGAGAGAGAGAGAGAGCAAGGCGAUGGGAGGUUUAUUAUCGGCUUUGACGGGUGAGGCGGAGGCGGCGGAGGCACCCACCACCGAGUCAUCAUCACCUUCGAGAGUGAUUGUUUUUAAAUCAUCGGACGCGUGGAAGCAACACUUCAACGCCGCCAAAAAACUCAAUAAAUUGAUGGUGGUGGAUUUCACAGCGUCCUGGUGUGGUCCCUGCAAGUUUAUGGCCCCUUUCAUCGAUACCAUGGCCAGCAAGUACACCGACGUUAAUUUCAUAAAGAUCGACGUCGAUGAGGUCAAGGAGGCGGCAGAGGAGUAUGGGGUGACUGCUAUGCCUACGUUCGUGUUCAUAAAGCAAGGCAAGGUGGUGGAUAAAGUGGUAGGAGCCAAUACAGGUGAGCUUGAAGAGAAGAUCCUCAAGCACAAGCCCAGGGAAGUUCCCAAAUUUGCUGCUUGAUUCGAUUAUCAUAAUUACUGGCUCAUGCGGCGAAAGAUAGAGAGCCAUUAAGUCCCAUUUCAAUCAAAUAAAAGGGGGGAAACACAGCCCUCAGAUGUUAUAUCAUGUUUAAUGUAAUCAGUUCAUCUUUGAAGUUUGGUGCCUUGCGCCUGGUAAAUGACUAACCAAGUUUUUACUUUUUAUUAUGGAUUAUAGAAUACAGUCCUUUGAGG